AUGGAUAGUUCAUGUUGUACUGAUCCUGGAGCUCAACAAAUGCAUCAAUAUGAAGGUCAUGAAGAAGAAUUAGCAGGAAUAAAUAUUUAUAGAACAGGGCAAGGAAAAUCAGCAAUUGUUUUAUUUACCGAUAUUUUUGGUUACACAUUUAUUAAUAGUAGAAAAUUAGCUGAUCAUUUUGCCAUUGAUACUGGUGCAACAGUAUUUAUUCCUGAUUAUUUCCAUGGAGAUCCAAUAAAUCCUAAUAUUCCCAAUUACAGAGAUUUAUUACCUGAUUGGCGAAAACAACAUCCUGUAAUUGAGGCAUGUAAAAUUGCAGAUAAAUUUAUUUCUGCUAUCAAAGAACAUUAUCAAUCUAUUCAAGUCAUUGGAUUUUGUUAUGGAGGUAAAGUUGUAGUUUAUCUAAUAAGUCAUCCAGAAUUAUCAUCAACAGUAAAAGCAGCUAUAGUUGGACAUCCAUCAAUGCUAGUAAAAGAAGAGGCUACACAAAUAAAAAAGCCUGUUCUUUUUUUAUGUGCAGAAACAGAUCAGCUUUUUUCAUCUGAUCUUCAAGAAUACUUUGAAAAUGAAUUAACAAAAAAUCGUCUUGGAACGUUUCUUAAAUAUCCCGGUACUGUUCAUGGUUUUAUUGUUCGACCAGAUGGUUCUUCACACGUCAAUCAACAAAGUGAAAAGGCUGUUCAUGACGCUAUUGAAUAUUUUAAAAAGAAUAUCUAA